AUGUAUCAAAUUAAACCACUUCAAACAGCAUGGCGAUCUUCGAUUAGGCUGCGAAAUCUUGCCAUUCGUCAUAUCAACACCUCGUCAAAACUACUUCUCCCACGAUACCCAUCAUCAACUUCGUCUAAUCGCUCCAAUAGAACACGAAUAACUCAAGAAAUCAGCCCUGAAGAAGUUCGUAAGUUUCAAGAAGCGCAAGAACGCGCUAAACAACUGGGGUUCACUGACUCAAGUAGCAGCACAUAUAAUGAUCCUUUUUCCACAUCUCGCGCAUCCCAAACUGGUUACUCUCCAUACUCAAUUCAUAUUCCAAAUAAUACAAAUGGGAUAAUAACACCAGAAGACCCAAUUUACCAAAUCUUGGCAGAACCAACUUUGGUCAUUGAACGACAAAUUGAAUUUAUGAACUUGUUUAUUGGGUUCGAACAGGCCAACAACUACACUAUAAUGAAUUCCAGUGGCCAAACUAUUGGCUUUAUGAGAGAAAAGGAUAUUAGAUUUGCCAGAACAUUGGGUCGUCAAUUCUUUAGAUUGCAUCGACCAUUCGAUAUUGAUGUAUUCAAUAUUCAAGGUGAAUUGGUGCUUAGUAUCAAAAGACCAUUCUCAUUUAUAAAUUCACAUAUCAAGGCAUUACUUCCCGGGUACGAUCACAGUAACGACAAUGAGCUUAUAUAUGAGAUAGUGGGCGAGAGUGUACAACGAUGGCACUUGUGGAGAAGAAAAUACAAUUUGUUCAAGUUAGAAGAUGAAAAAACAGAUGACUAUGAACAAUUCGGUGAUAUUGAUGCUCCUUUCUUGUCGUUUGAUUUCCCAGUCAAGAAUGAAAAGGGGCAAGUUAUUGCCAGUAUCGAUAGAAACUGGGUUGGAUUGGGAAGAGAAAUGUUUACAGAUACUGGUGUCUAUAUAUUAAGAUUCGAUAGAGCAAGUUUUGAAGGUAUGGAACAGUACUAUGGCGAAAUUGGCGAUUCGGGAGUCACUAUGGACCAAAGAGCAGUGAUAUUGUCAUGUUUCACAAGUAUUGAUUUCGAUUACUUCUCAAGACAUAGUGGUGGCCACGGUUUGUUUGGUCUAGGUGGUGGUAGCUAUGAUGAUGUAUAG